AUGACAAACAGCUGUUUUCGAUAUAUGAAUAAAGAAAAUUUUCGCUUCUACAUUAAAGUGCGUACUGCACUUAAUGUUCAAGCGAAAGAUAUUCACGAAGAACUAUGUUUUGCUUGUGGUGAUGAAACGCCUUCUCUUAAGACCAUUGAAGAAUGGUCGAAAUGGUUUCGUGAAAAUCGAGAAGAAGCUGAAGACGAAGUACGAUCUGAUAGUCUUGUUAUUGAAACAACAUCUGAAAAUAUUGAACAACAAGUAAAAGAACAACAGAAACGAAAUGAAAAAGUACGAGAUAUGCCUCGAUUAGUUCGUGAUUUUCUUGAUCCAGCUGAAUUUUAUCAACAAAUAAAAACAAUCUGUGGUAUUAACUUUUUUUGUGGUGUACCAGAUUCUUUACUCAAAGAUUUUUGUGCUUACGUAACAAAAAAUGUUCCGUCUAGCCAUCAUAUUAUUACUGCCAAUGAAGGAUCUGCUGUUGGUCUUGCUUGUGGUUCAUAUAUGGCAACAGGACAACCUUCA